AUGAGCAACUCACUCCACCCCGAUUCGGCCGCGGCAGACCCGGGCGCCCUAGAGCCUACAGACUCGGGAACACAACGAUCAAGAUGGGCCACGCGGAGGAUGACGGUCAAGAGUGGUGGUUCGAAACGGAAAGCCUUGUUCGAUCGGCAAGCGAAAACAAGGGGGUCGAACGAGAAGAACGACGGCGAUCAGCGGGACCCCGAGGCCCAAAACCAGGCUGCGUCAGUGGGUGACCAAGGCGAUGAAGACGAUGAGGAGAACGAGGACGAGGCCGCCAGCAGGACCGUCUUUUUCAACAUUCCCCUACCCGACCAUCUCAAGGACGAGGAAGGCAACCCCAUCCUGACAUAUCCUCGAAACAAGAUCCGCACCGCCAAAUACACGCCGCUAUCGUUCAUCCCGAAGAACCUGUGGUUUCAAUUCCACAACAUUGCCAAUGUGUUCUUCCUAUUCCUCGUCAUCCUGGUGUUCUUUCCCAUUUUUGGUGGCGUGAACCCAGGACUCAACUCGGUCCCACUCAUCUUCAUUGUGGUGGUCACUGCGAUCAAAGAUGCCAUUGAGGACUACCGCCGAACAAUCCUCGAUAUUGAGCUCAACAACGCCACGGUGCAUCGCCUUCUCCACUGGAACAACGUCAAUGUAUCGGACGAUCAGGUUGGCCCAUGGCGUCAAUUCAAAAAGGCCACCUCCACCUUUUUUGGCGGCAUCUGGAGGGCUAUCCAAAGCCUGUGGUCCAAGAAGGCGAAGGAGGAGAUGGCUCGCCGCAAGGAGCUCAAGCUUGCGCCGCCCGAAGAGGAGCCCCGUGCAUCCAUCGAGACGCAGCGGACCAAGAGGAACAUUCGCGACUCGCUGGCUUCGCCUUUUGGCAACCGCGAUUCCUUCCACUCUGCCGCCAAUGAUAUCCAGAUGACCCCCGUACCCUCCCCCUCUACGCCGCACAUCCGCAUCGAACUGCCAGACGACGAAGACGCGCGGCGCGCGCAGGCCCUGCAGGAUCUCACGAGCGACGUCAUCAAUUAUCAGCGACCAGUGCAAGGCGCUCGCUUCAAGAAGGACACCUGGAAAAGCAUCAACGUGGGCGACUUUGUGCGUCUGUAUAGCGAUGACGAGAUGCCGGCCGACAUCAUCAUCCUCUCCACAUCCGACCCCGAUGGUGCUUGCUAUGUGGAGACCAAGAACCUGGAUGGCGAGACCAAUCUCAAGGUACGCCAGGCCCUACGCUGCGGACGGCCUCUCAAACACGCGCGCGACUGCGAGAGGGCCGAGUUCAGGAUCGAGAGUGAACUCCCGCAGCCGAACCUGUACAAGUACAACGGUGCCAUCAAGUGGCAGCAGGCCAUCCCUGAGCUCGGCGGCGAGCCCGAGGAGAUGACGGAGCCCAUCACCAUCGACAACAUGCUCCUGCGCGGCUGCAACUUGAGGAACACCGAGUGGGUGCUGGGCGUCGUGGUCUUCACCGGGCACGACACCAAGAUCAUGCAGAACGCCGGCAUCACGCCGACCAAGCGUUCGAGGAUUGCGCGCGAGAUGAACUUUAGCGUCAUCUGCAACUUUGUCAUCCUCUUCUUCAUGUGUCUCAUCUGCGCCAUUGUCAACGGAGUGUCAUGGGCCAAGACGGACUCGUCCUUGUACUUUUUCGACUUUGGAUCCAUCGGUGGUAGCCCCUCCAUGAGUGGCUUCAUCACCUUCUUUGCCGCGCUCAUCUGCCUCCAGAACUUGAUUCCCAUCUCGCUCUACAUCACCCUGGAGAUCGUCCGCACGCUGCAGGCCAUCUUCAUCUGGAGCGAUGUCGAGAUGUACUACGAGCCGAUCGACCAGCCCUGCAUCCCCAAGUCCUGGAACAUCUCCGACGAUGUGGGUCAGAUCGAGUACAUCUUCUCCGACAAGACCGGCACCCUGACGCAGAACGUUAUGGAGUUCAAAAAGGCCUCCAUCAACGGUCAGCCAUAUGGCGAGGCGUACACCGAGGCGCAGGCCGGCAUGCAAAAGCGCGCUGGCGUCGACGUGGAGGCGGAGGGGGAGAAGAUCCGCGCCGAGAUUGCGGACGCCAAGGUGCGCGCCCUGGCCGGUCUGCGCAGGAUCAACGACAAUCCGUAUCUGCACGACGAGGAUAUCACCUUUAUCGCGCCCGACUUUGUCGCGGAUCUCUCUGGCGAGUCAGGCAUGGAGCAGCAGGAGGCCAAUGAGAAGUUCAUGCUUGCGCUCGCCCUGUGCCACACGGUCAUUGCGGAGCGGUCCUUUGACGACCCGCCCAAGAUGAAGUUCAAGGCGCAGUCGCCCGACGAGGAGGCGCUGGUGGCGACGGCGCGCGACAUGGGGUUCGUCGUGCUCGGCCACUCGAGCGACGGCAUCAACCUCAACGUGAUGGGCGACGACCGUCACUACCAGAUCCUCAACACGAUCGAGUUCAACUCGAGCCGGAAGCGCAUGAGCUGCAUCGUGCGCAUGCCCGACGGCAAGAUCAAGCUCAUCUGCAAGGGCGCCGACUCUGUCAUCUACGCCCGCCUGAAGAGGGGCGAGCAGCAGGAACUGCGCAAGGAGACGGCGGACCACCUCGAGCUGUUCGCCCGGGAGGGUCUGCGCACGCUGUGCAUCGCCGAGAGGGAGCUCACGGAGGAACAAUACCGCUCCUGGAAGAAGGAGCACGACGCCGCGGCCGCCGCCCUGGACGAGCGCGAGGAGAAGCUCGAGGCUGUGGCGGAGACGAUUGAGCAGGACCUGUACCUCCUGGGCGGUACUGCCAUUGAGGAUCGCCUGCAGGACGGCGUCCCGGACACGAUUGCGAUCCUGGGUGAUGCCGGCAUCAAGCUUUGGGUGCUGACGGGCGACAAGGUCGAGACGGCGAUCAACAUUGGUUUCUCCUGCAAUCUCCUCAACAACUCGAUGGAUCUGAUCCACCUCAAGAUCGACGAGGGCGACGGUGAGGAGGUGAACGAGGAGGCCAUGUAUGAGCAAGCGGAGAAGGAGCUGGACCGGUACCUGCACGCGUUCGGCCUCGAGGGAAGCGAUCACGACCUCAAGGCCGCCCUCAAGAACCACGAGCCGCCGCCGCCGACCCACGGUCUUGUGAUUGAUGGGUACGCCCUGCGCUGGGUCCUCAACGAACGUCUUAGACAGAAGUUCCUGCUGCUCUGCAAGCAAUGCCGGUCGGUGCUGUGCUGCCGCGUGAGUCCGGCGCAGAAGGCGUCCGUGGUGGCCAUGGUGAAGAAUGGUCUCGACGUCAUGACCCUGUCGAUUGGUGAUGGCGCCAACGACGUGGCCAUGAUUCAGGAAGCCGACGUGGGCGUCGGCAUCGCCGGCGUGGAGGGUCGCCAGGCGGCCAUGUCGUCCGACUAUGCGAUUGCGCAGUUCCGCUUCCUGCAGCGCCUGGUGCUCGUCCACGGCCGCUGGUCGUACCGUCGGCUGGGCGAGAGCAUCAGCAACUUCUUCUACAAGAACGUGGUGUGGACGUUUGCCAUCUUCUGGUGGAUGAUCUACUGCCACUUUGACAUUACGUACCUCUUUGACUACAGCUACAUUCUGCUCUUCAACGUCGUGUUCACGUCGGUGCCCGUCGGUCUCAUGGGCGUGUUUGAUCAGGACGUCUCGGACAAGGUCUCACUCGCAGUGCCGCAGCUGUACCGCCGUGGCAUUGAGCGUCUCGAGUGGACACAGCGCAAGUUUUGGCUGUACAUGUCCGAUGGGCUGUACCAGUCGGUCAUCUGCUUCUUUGUGCCGUACCUCUUCUUCCAGGCCGCCCGCCCUGUCACCGAAAACGGCCUGGAUCUUGCGGACCGCAUGCGUCUGGGCGCGUAUGUGGCGCACCCCGCCGUCUUUGUCAUCAACGGAUACAUCAUGAUGAACACUUACCAGUGGGACUGGAUUCUGCUGCUGGUGGUGUUCAUCAGCGACAUGUUCAUCUUCCUCUUCACCGGCAUCUACACAUCCAUCGAGAGCGCGUCCGGCUUCUACUACCGCGCGGCCGCCGAGGUGUAUGGCGAGUUGUCGUUCUGGGCCGUGUUCUUCCUGGUGCCCAUCAUGUGUCUCUUCCCGCGGUUCGUGGUCAAGUCGGUGCAGAAGGUGUACUUUCCGUACGACGUGGACAUUAUCCGCGAGCAGGAGCGGCUCGGCAUGUUCAAACAUCUGUCGUCGACGCCCCUGGACAAGGAGGUUGUGGGCGACAACAAGACAGCCGGCUCGGGGUCGUCCACGGACAGCUCCAACCACAACAACAAGAAGCCCAGGCACCAGGCCUUUGGCAGCGUCGACGAAGACCUGCGGCCCAUCUACCCUCCAUCGACGGUGACUCGGACGACGACGCAUCAGCACAGCCAGAACAAUAGUGAUUCGACGGGCUACACGAUGAACCGCAUGUCGCUGGAGAUUCCCGGGCAGCAGGACCAGCAAGGGCAGCUAGGACACCGCGCGGGUUGGCCGUCCGUCGACCGGGCGCGGCCGUCGUAUGACCGCAUACGCGCCUCGAUGGACCGCGUGCGGCCGAGCUUCGAGGCGAGCAACGACUUUACGUCGGCGGCGCGGCUGUCGCGGAUCGAGUCGUCGCACUCGGCGGUCGGACGGUUCCGACCACGGCUGCGCGGGCUGUCGUUGACCAAGAGCGCCCACAAUUAG